UCUUCCUUGUCGUCACAAUCUCAACUGUCGCUCUCAUAAGAAAUUAUCGUGUGUUGUUGAAAAAUUUGUCCUUUUCCAUCCUGUAUUGCUCGCACUCUCUUUUGUUUCUUUCCGUUUUUGGUCUUCUCCUCUCCGAUCCACGGCCCUUUCGUCCUGCAAUCAUGGCAUCGGACAGGGGUCGUCCAUUGCCAAAGUUUGGUGAAUGGGAUGUAAAUAAUCCUGCAUCUGCAGAAGGAUUUACUGUCAUAUUUAACAAGGCUAGGAAUGAGAAGAAGACCACUGGAAAUGCUGCCAAUAUGGUUCCUAAAGAAAGAAAUGAACCCGUCUUCAACAAUGAGAGUUACCCUCAGUAUCCUCCGCCGAAGAAGAGGUGGUUUUGCUGUGGUUGAAGCCACAGUGGUUUCCGGAUCUUGAAUUUGUCUCAUCUAUUGUGAAAGUUCGUAAAAUUUUGAAGCCUCAACAUAUUGACUCAUACCUUUCUUUUUUCCCUUUCCACUUUCACGCUAUCAUAAUUUAGAGCACAUGGUACUCAGCUUAUAUAUAAUGUAAUACAGGAUGGAAAAGGGCAAAUUGUCAAAAUCUCGUUUCAAUUU